CUAGAGCGCCUUGCCCGUCUCCUCGCUCGUGGGGCAGCCAGCCGGGAGCAGCGGGCAGCAGGCAGCCGGCCCCUCCGCCCCAGCCAGGGGACGCAGUCAGUAAACACCACAACAACCAAAAAGUGAGAGCCACCCAAGGGGCAGUCAAGGCAGGAGGAGAGAAAGAGGAGGAAAAAAAGGAAAAGGGGGUUAAACCAGGAGGAAAAAAAAAAAAAAAGCGAGAGAAAAAAAAAGAAAAAGGGAAAAAAAAGGAGGGAUAAAAAAAGAAGGAAAAGGAGAAAGAAAGAAAAGGAGAAAGAAAGAAAAGGAGAAAGAAAAGGAAAGCGCUCGCCUGCUCUCUAGAAUAACAAAAUACCUGAUCGUAACAAAAUAACAUCCUCCAGACCAAAUCAAGCAGGGACUUGACAUACCAAAAGGCAAAGCGAGGAGAGCGAGCCAGGGCGCGGGGAAGGCGAGCCAGAGCCGCGAUCGCUGCCAGGGCCGGACAGCAGCAUGGCAAGCGCCGGGGCACACACGGAUGAGCGCUGCCGGCAGCCUGCCUUCCUCCCCGGCCCGCCGCCGACAGAAGUUGAGAGCGGCAGCGGCAGCGCCAAGGUGCAGAGGAUGUGUGCAGCCAGGCAGAUGCUGCUGCUACUGCUGGCCUUCCUGGCCUAUGCAUUGGAUUCAGCUGCGGCGUAUGGCACGGCAGAGACCCUCUGUGGUGGGGAGCUGGUGGACACGCUGCAGUUCGUCUGCGGGGACAGGGGCUUCUACUUCAGUAGACCAGUGGGACGAAAUAACAGGAGGAUCAACCGUGGUAUCGUGGAGGAGUGCUGCUUUCGGAGCUGCGACCUGGCUCUGCUGGAAACCUACUGUGCCAAGUCCGUCAAGUCAGAGCGUGACCUCUCCGCCACCUCCCUUGCGGGCCUCCCAGCCCUCAACAAGGAGAGCUUCCAGAAGCCAUCUCACGCCAAGUACUCCAAGUACAACGUGUGGCAGAAGAAGAGCUCGCAGCGGCUGCAGCGGGAGGUGCCUGGCAUCCUGCGUGCCCGCCGGUACCGGUGGCAGGCAGAGGGGCUGCAAGCAGCUGAGGAAGCCAGGGCAAUGCAUCGUCCCCUCAUCUCCUUGCCCAGCCAGCGGCCUCCGGCACCGCGGGCAUCCCCUGAAGCGACCGGCCCCCAGGAAUGAACUGUGACCGGCCGGCUGGAUUUGCGAUCUCCCGGGGAGAGACUGGCGAGACUCGGCCCCCCCUGAGCCCCUCCGUCCCCAAGCCGAGGAGCGGGGCGGCAGGCACCAUCACGCCGCUCCGGCCCCAACCAAACAACUGACACAAGCAAGGAGGGGAUGGCAGCGGCCGUGUGCAGCGUCCUCCUUUUGGGGUGGGGGGGAGGGUUGUUUCGUUUCCCAGGCCUGUUUCGUUUCCCUCGCGCACCCAGUAUUUUUCAAGCCUUGUACUUACGAAGGGACAGUUGGGCACUUGAACUUUUUGCUGCCGGGCGCUGUGUGACAUCCCCAGUGCCAACACUAGAAGACAAAAGAACGAGCAAGAGGGAAAAAGGAUAUGAAGUUAACUUUUCUUUUAAAUUUUAUUUUAUUUUUCUCAAGAAGAAAAGUCCAUUCCAUGUCUUUCUUGACAAUAAAGUGAAAAGCAAAAACAAAUGGGGAGAGAUGUUGAGGGAUGUAACUUUUUUGCCUCAUUCCCAUCCAACUUUUUUUUUUUUUUCUUUCUUUUUUUGUU